UCAUGGAAUUGCGUUGCUACUGCCGACUGAGGAGAAAACAGAGUGAUCUGUGAGACUUGCCAGGUUUCUCGUGACGGCUCGCAUGCCAAGUUGCGAACGGAUCUCACUGUCACAUACUUCAUCAUCCUUCCUUCCCUUUCAACUUCAAGCGGCCUCACCCUCCGCGCUUUUUAUUUUUUUGUCUCUCACACGUCGCUUUCUUCCUCUUCAACAGAGUAGAGUACUAGGAAGAAAUCUGGCCGUUUUAGGCGCCCUUCAUCUAGUUCUGCUUCCUCCCUUUCUGGCCUAAUUCGUCUCUCGAAGGUUUGGAGGUUUUAGCUUCUCACCAAACUCCGCGGUGGUACAAUUGAAUACCGAAGAUACACUAACUCUCUGUUGUAAGUUCCUGGUUAGGCACUGUAGGAUUUUGAUCCUGCGGUUAACUCAACAAUGGAUUCUGCUUGCGCAAUUCUGAAUGCCAAUGCCAGUCUGAUCAAGGCCAGCGAGGCAGUCCGCUGUAAAACAGGUACUCGUACUGGGUUCUGGGGUGAGACUACAAGGGGAAGCCUGAGUUCCAGACUUUCAUCUUUUCAAUUCCAGAAUAGUUCAAACCCCGAUAUGAAUGGUCGAAAGUUCAAGCGUGGCGUUGCGCACUCUGUUCUCACACCAGACAUCAACAAAGAGGCUGUGGCACCCAAAGUCGAGACUCCAGAAGCAGACCCAAAAAAUGUAGCCUCCAUCAUAUUGGGUGGAGGUGCUGGAACUCGCCUUUUUCCUCUUACAAGCAGAAGAGCCAAGCCAGCGGUUCCAAUUGGAGGGUGUUACAGACUUAUAGAUAUCCCGAUGAGCAAUUGCAUCAACAGUGGCAUAAGAAAGAUAUUCAUUUUAACGCAGUUCAACUCUUUCUCCCUUAAUCGCCACUUGUCUCGCACUUACGGCAAUGGCGUUAAGUUUGGAGAUGAUUUUGUGGAGGUCCUGGCUGCUACUCAAACACCUGGAGAAGCAGGGAAGAAAUGGUUCCAAGGGACAGCUGAUGCCGUGAGGCAAUUUAUAUGGGUUUUUGAGGAUGCCAAGAAUAAGAAUGUUGAGCAUAUAUUGAUACUUUCUGGCGAUCAUCUUUACCGAAUGAACUAUAUGGACUUUGUGCAGAAACAUAUAGACACAAAUGCUGAUAUCACAGUGUCGUGUGUACCUAUGGAUGACAGCCGUGCUUCAGAUUAUGGGCUGAUGAAAAUUGAUCCGGCAGGAAGAGUUAUUCAGUUUGCAGAGAAACCCAAGGGCUCAAAUCUGAAGGCAAUGCGGGUGGACACCACCCUCCUAGGAUUAUCUGCACAAGAAGCAGAAAAAUAUCCUUACAUUGCAUCGAUGGGUAUUUAUGUCUUCAGAACUGAGACCUUACUGAAACUAUUGAAAUGGAGCUUUCCUUUAUGCAAUGACUUCGGAUCUGAAAUUAUUCCUUCUGCUGUGAAUGAGCACAAUGUCCAAGCAUUUUUGUUUAAUGACUAUUGGGAAGACAUUGGAACUAUAAAGUCCUUCUUCGAUGCUAAUCUGGCCCUAACAGAACAGCCUCCCAAGUUUGAAUUUUAUGAUCCAAAGACGCCUUUCUUCACUUCUCCAAGAUUCCUACCACCCUCUAAAGUUGAAAAUUGCAAGAUUGUGAAUGCAAUUAUUUCUCACGGCUGCUUCUUGAGGGACUGUAGUGUUCAACAUUCUGUAGUUGGUGUGCGCUCACGUUUAGAAUCUGCUGUAGAACUUCAGGAUACCAUGAUGAUGGGUGCAGACUACUAUCAAACCGAGUCUGAAAUUGCAUCUCAGUUGGCAAAAGGGAAGGUUCCAAUUGGUGUUGGAGAGAACACUAAAAUCAGGAAUUGUAUUAUCGACAAGAAUGCCCGGAUCGGAAGAAAUGUAAUUAUUGCAAAUGGGGAUGGAGUUAAAGAAGCCGACAGGACUAAGGAAGGAUUUUACAUUAGGUCGAGCAUCACAGUCAUACUCAAGAACGCAACAAUAAAAGAUGGAACAGUCAUAUAACUCAUCCAGAGGCGUCUUCACUGGAUGAUCAGAUGACUGAAGCUUCUGCGUUUAAUUAAUUUGCUGAUAUAAAUCUAGGAAGCAGCAACAAGAACAUAUAACAAAUUUUCUCACUUGUAUAUUACGAUUUACGUUACAGGAAAGAACUUUCUAGUUGCUUACUAUAAUAAUAAAUUCUUUUGCCUUA